GGUAAAACUAUGUCUGUGGGUAAAACCGUGACUUUUCAUUUGAAGGCAUAGCUGUAGUGACCUGGAAGUUGGGGUUAAUAGUAGCUCUACGUCGGAAGAUGGUUUAUGUAACGUAACGUCGAUGUCGUGGUCAUCAACAAUGAAAAAUAGGCAUUAGUUAGGAAGUGUUCGUUGUGGCGGAUAUUGUUUUUGAUAAUUUGACAUUUGUCCUGAGAUGUCUGAACGUUUGACGUAGCGAAUGUAUAUUGGUCAACAAUUUCCCUAAUUAUCUUGCUCCUUGGCAGUGACUCAUUUGCCUACGUCUGUAAGUUAGCCUAGUUAGCAUAGUUCACUGCUAAAGACAAGUAACCAUGGGGAAGCGGUACUACUGUGAUUAUUGUGACCGAAGUUUUCAGGACAACAUGCAUAACAGGAAAAAACAUUUAUACGGCGUUCAACAUCACAGAGCAAAGAAGGCAUGGUUCGACAAUUUCAGAGACGCUGUAGCCAUUCUCGCAGAUGAACAGUUAAAGAAGCCGUGUAGGAAAUUCCUUCAGACAGGCCAGUGCGUGUUUGGUGCAAACUGUCGUUUUUCUCACAUGACUGAGAGAGAGAUGGAGCAUUUGCAGCGAUUGGCAGCAGGUUCAAAUAGCAGGGGCCCCAAGGAGUCCGGGCGCAAGGGUGUCCCCUCUGACCCUGUGGUGGAUGACUGGCUGGCCAGGAGGGAGAAGAGGAGGGCGGCCCAAGACAGCGGAUGUGCCCUGAAUGAAGAGGAAGAUGAGAAGCCCCUGGGUCUGGACCUUCCUCCGCACUUCCGCUCUAUCCCGGACCUCCCCCCCUCUUUGCUGCCACCGCCCCCUAGUGGAUGGACCACCACAGUACAAUGCCAGUGGGGCUGAACUCCACUCCACUUUAAUCAGCAUAUUCCGACCCUAAGGUGCAGGCAUAUGCAGAGAGUGGUUUGUUAGCUGUGGUUGCUUGGAGCACCUGACAUUUCUCUAAAGUGCGCUCAUGAAUGGCUGAGGUGUCCCUUUCAUCUCUUUUUAACUGAGGAUAAUUGCUCCCCAAGAAUGCCUCUCGAGGUCCCUGUUGGGGAAACAUCCACGUUGUGGCAAGACUGUCAGACUUCCUGUAGUUAUGAAAGGCAUUGUGUUUCAGAAUGGGGUGUUUUGGUAUGGCGUCCCUUUGGGAACCCUUGAAGCAUAUCAGCUUUGCCAGAUACUCAUACAAGUGAGCCUAGAGUGGGUUUGAUCCCUGUGCUUAAUGACUUGCUGCAAUAAUCUGUAUGGAGAGGAGUUUUCAGGGGAGAAGCCUUGUGGAGUUACUUCAGCAUCUGAACUGGAUGAAUUGCACAUCUUGAGGAUAUGUGUCACAUUAACAUUUUGAUUACGUAACGUUAUAUUGACACUGUUACAGACAUUUUGGCAAAAAAGAUUUUCUACUUUUGAUGAAUUAUUCAGUUUUAUAAGUUUUGUAUGUCUCCUCUGUAUUGCUGUGAUUAAAUUACUGAGGAAACAAAGGA